ACCCGCAGCUGCUGGCCCAGUUCUACUACGCUGAUGAGGAGCUGAACCAGGUGGCCUCGGAGCUGGACAGUCUAGACGGGCGCAAGGACCCCCAGCGGUGCACUCUGCUCGUCAGCCAGUUCCGCUCCUGCCAGGACAACGUGCUAAACAUCAUCAACCAGAUCAUGGAUGAGUGCAUCCCCCAGGACCGCGCCCCCCGGGAUUUCUGCGUCAAGUUCCCCGAGGAGAUCCGGCACGACAACCUGGCCGGCCAGCUGUGGUUCGGCGCUGAGUGCCUGGCCGCUGGCUCCAUCAUCAUGAACCGAGAGCUGGAGAGCAUGGCCAUGCGGCCGCUGGCCAAGGAGCUGACGCGCAGCCUGGAGGACGUGCGGGGCGCCCUCCGGGACCAGGCGCUGCGGGACCUCAACACCUACACAGAGAAGAUGCGGGAGGCGCUGAGGCACUUCGACGUCCUGUUUGCAGAGUUUGAGCUCAGCUACGUCUCGGCCAUGGUGCCGGUGAAGUCUCCCAGGGAAUACUACGUGCAGCAGGAGGUCAUCGUGCUGUUCUGCGAGACGGUGGAGAGGGCCCUGGACUUCGGGUACCUGACCCAGGACAUGAUUGAUGACUAUGAGCCAGCCCUCAUGUUCACCAUCCCCAGGCUGGCCAUUGUGUGCGGCCUUGUGGUCUAUGCAGACGGACCCCUGAACCUGGAUCGCAAGGUGGAGGACAUGUCCGAGCUGUUCCGGCCCUUCCACACGCUUCUGCGGAAAAUAAGGGACUUGCUGCAGGCGCUGACGGAGGAGGAGCUGCACCGGCUGGAGCGGAGCCUCUGCGUCUCCCAGGACGCGGAGCUCCCCAAGCAGGCGGAUGCCCAGGCACCCACCUUUCCGGCACCCCUGCCCCCCGAGGAGCUGCUCUCCGCCCAGCCCCGGGACCCGGAUGCGGAGCUGGCCUGCUCCAUGCAGUACGACGACCAGGAGCUGGAGGAGCUCAGCCGGAUGGUCCACCGGGCUGGCGACGAGAUGUCCUCCCUGCUGUCCCCGCCCAGCGCCUGCCAGUCCCCCGCGCACGGGCUGGGGGCCGCGGGCAGCCCCCGCGGGGAGGGCUCCCCCGGCAGGGCGCCGCCCAAGGCGGGCAGCUUCGAGGAGGAGAGGGUGUUCUUCAUGGACGACGUGGAGGUGGCCGAGGCGCCGGGCGGCCCCUUGGCGUGGGCGGACAGCCCCCCAGCCGGCGCCCAGGAGGGCGGGGCCGGGGCCAGCACCCCCGCGGUGGACGAGGCGGAGGACUGGAGCAACAACAACAACGAGGAGGAGGGCGAGAAGCGGCCGGGCCUGGCGGGCUCCUCCUCCUGCAGCUGCCUGGACGCCCCGCUCUCCCUGGACGGCUGGGAGGCGGGCGCCGAGCACGCCCAGACGGCGGAGAGGAUCGCCCACCGCACGGGGGGCAUGAAGCUCUCCGCCACGGUCAUCUUCAAUCCCAAGUCGUCCCCCUCCCCAGACCCUGGCCCCCCGGGAGCCCCGGGCCACGCCGCCUCCCCUGCGGAGCCCAGGGCCGAGGGGACGGGGGACGGGCCCCGCGCGCUGGGCCCCACGGCCACCAACUGCCUCCUGCAUUCCUGCGUGUGCUGCCGGAGCUGCCGGGAUGGCCGGGAGGAGGCGGCCGAGCCCCUGCGGGGCCUCCUGGACGCCCCCCACCCCACCGCCGGCCUGGCCAAGGCCGGCCACAAGGGCCCCGAGGGACUGGGCGAGGCCCAGCCGGCCCCCACCUCCUCCCCGCCCGCAGACGAUGCCUCCCACCGGCAGGAGCCCGAAGGCCCUGCCUCCACCACGUGCCUCGCACACACCUCAGGGCCUCAGGGGGACGCCAGCGGGCGGCGAGGCGGCGGCGGGGUCGAACGCCGGCCCGAGGCCCCAGAGCGCAGCCCCGGGAACCCGUCCACCUUAAGGGGGGCGAGUCCUGGAGGAGACGCAGCCCAGGCGGAGCCGCCCCACCCGUCGGGCUGCAGCAGUUCCACCGCCGGCUCCUGCUCCUCAGACAAGACGGGGCUGGAGGUGUCCCCAGCAGCCGUGCCGGUCACCCCCACCGCCACCCGAGAGAAGAUCCGGGCCAGGUUCCACGGCAGCCACGACCUCAUUCACCGCCUGUUUGUCUGCAUUUCAGGUGUGGCCGACCAGCUGCAGACCAACUACGCGAGCGACCUGAGGAGCAUUCUCAAGACGCUGUUCGAGGUCAUGGCCACCAAGCCGGAGGCGGAGGACAGGGAAAAGCUCAAGAAGGUCACCCAGAGCCUGAGGAGCGCUGCCCUGGAGGACUGCGCACUGUGCCAGGAGCCCCUGUCGUCCUCCGAGCUCGCAGCCAAGACCCGGGACGGGGACUUUGAAGACCCCCCCGAGUGGGUGCCCGACGAAGCCUGCGGCUUCUGCACCGCAUGCAAGGCGCCCUUCACGGUCAUCCGCAGGAAGCACCACUGCCGGAGCUGCGGGAAGAUCUUCUGCUCCCGCUGCUCCUCGCACUCGGCCCCGCUGCCACGCUACGGGCAGGUGAAGCCGGUCCGCGUGUGCACGCACUGCUACAUGUUCCACGUCACCCCCUUCUACAGCGACAAGGCGGGCGUGUGA